UGUGCGGACGCUCUUUCACUGCGCUCCUCUGACGCUGCAGACGCAAGGAACAAGUCGCAAGCAAGCGGAAUAAACUAACACCAGAAAAAAAAAAAGAAAGAAAGAAAAAAAAAGCGAAAAAGAAGGAAUACUUUAGAACCGUAACAAGUGAAAGGACUACAACUUGUAGAUCAGAAGUUUCAUUUUUUUCCCUCUUAAACCUCACUGGAAGUUUUGACAUCAUGAGGAUUUUCGGUGUUGUGAUCCUGCUGGUUCACGCCUUGGUGGUGUCCAGACUGGCCAGCGGCGCUGCAGUCGACAGGUAUGAGAGUGACAGGCAGAGGCACACAGCUGUUAUCAACCUGUUUGACACAACUAAAGACAGGAGGACGGAGGAGGAGAGCAGGCCUGUGGGCACGACAACGGUGGAUUAUGGUCAGGAAGGUGAGGAGGAGGAUGACUACGAAGAUGAAGAUGAGUACUACUAUGGAGAUGAGUACGAGGAUGGCCUGUCUGGAGAUUACGAACUGCCACGAGUUGCCAUGUCAAGCAAACCCAAAGACCCGUCUGCCAUCCUGGAAACCGAGGGCACUGAAGGAAAGAGAAGGAAGGGGAAGGGAAGGAAGAGGGGAAAGGGCAAGGGGAAGAAGAGGAAUCCUUGCCAGAGAAAGUAUAAGGAUUUCUGCAUUCACGGCACCUGUCAGUACCUGAGGGACAUCCGGGCCCCGUCCUGUGUUUGCCACCAGUGGUACUCCGGGGACAGGUGUCAGUUUUUCACACUGCCUGUGGAGAAGCCUCAGGAGGGCUACAACCGAACCACCGCCCUGGCCGUGGUGGCGGUGGUGCUGUCGUCUGUGUGUCUCACCAUUAUCGGCCUUUUAUUAAUGCUCAGAUUCCAUAAGCGGGGAGCGUAUGAUGUGGAGAAUGAGGAGAAGGUCAAACUAGGGUUAUCCAACCACUGAAGAGCCACAGAAGGGCAAAGAUGCGGAAAUUCUACCUCAAAAUAGAAAAAGAGAAGUGAACCACGAAAAGGGGGGUCCUGGAAAAAAGGAACGUACAUGAAGAAGGGAACAGAGGGCAUUCCUGAUCCUCUGCUGGAAGAUUUAGGUCGACGAGAUGGAAAAACGGGCACCUCAACAUAUUCCUGAAGGCCUCGAGAACAUAGUAGAAGAUAGCUUUCCUGCAACUGGAAUAGCGACUGGCCCUGAGGAUGGACUGGAGAUGAGACAAACGUCAGGUGACGAAGAAAUGAGAAGAAGGAACAUGUCUGGACUGUGCGCUGCUUCUCGACUGUGUGAAAAGAAGUUACAGACUGAACUGAACAGAAUUUUUAUCAACAAUGCUCAACCUGGAUUUUUUUUUUCUUUCUCAGUAGACAGCAUUUUAUAUUUCCUGCACAAGUCCAUCGUUUUUGUGUACAGUAAACAGUAUAUUUAUAAGUUUAAUUUAUUUAUUUAUCUUAACUGUAUUUAUGUAGAUUUUUAACCACCUUCAACAGUUUUUAAAAAAAAAGUGAUGUUACAGUUGUUUUUAUAUUUCUUAUUGGAUAAUAUUUAUUUAUGAAACAGAAAUGGAAACAUUAUGGAAGCUUGUGGAGGUUAUACAGUAUGUGUUUCAUGAAAAGAGAUGCAAAAAAUCUGAUUUGUGGCUUAAAUUUUGGAACUCAGCAGAUGAUCAAUAGCACUGUGAUUAAUAAAUUGAUCAGCUCAUUAAUAAGCCUUUUCUUUAAUUAAUUCAAUUCAGGGUUGUUUCACUGAAUGGCAGUGAUUUUUUUUUUUUUUUUUUCUUUUUUAUGGGAACGCCCUGUUCACACUCACACAGUAACACACAUCUGGAAGCUGCCCAGUAAAACCAGUCUGAUCUGAGCAGCUGCACUGGAACGGUUCAGCAGCUUAGGGGCCUUGCUCAAAGGCACUUCAGUGGUGGUAAUGAGAGAGGGGGCUUUCCCCCCACCCACAUUUAUCCUGCAGGUUCGGGGAUGUUCACCACCGUUAUCUUUUAGCCUCAAUAUUAAUCUGACAGAUCGGAGUCUGUCGUUACUACUCUCCUUAUAUGACUGUGUUCAUUAACAUAGGCAGCAAAACUGUGUACUCACAGCUUCAUUGUGUCCAUUAAGAAACAUCUAACAGAGAGAAAGGUGGGGUUUAAAGCCAAAGCACUGUAGCUAGAAUAUAGUAGAAAUAUUGUACUGUCCUGUCUUGUCUUACCAUCAUCAAAGCAGAAACUCCCUCAGUGAUCAUUACACACUGAGAUCUUUGUUAAGCUGUCAAGCAAAUAAUGUGAAUUCAAGUGUUCCACCCUUUCAAAACAUGUCCUGCAGUUUUGAAGUGAUUUUUAUUUAUGUGAUUUUUUUUUUUUUUUUUUUCAGAGCAAAAUAAAAGUUGAAAUGACUAUCA